AUGGAAAAGACAGCACGUAAUAAUGGAAAACCGGCCGCAUACGGCCGAGCAUGCGUCAACUGUGCUCGCGUCAAACGCAAAUGCAUGCUGCGAGCCAAUGGAGAUGGAUGUGAAAGAUGCUUUCGGCUCCAAGUAGAAUGUAACCCUUCUCCUACCGUCCGCAGGAGUGGCUGGAGACCCAACGGCUCUCAAGCUGCUCGUCUGGAGCAGAAGUUAGACGGGCUCGUUUCAUUAUUGAAAGCUCGCCAGGGUAGCCUUGAACCCGAAGAAACUGCUUCGUCAUCAGGGUCCUUUAUAUCAGCUCCCUCUCGCGCUUCAGUGCCUGCAGAUCGUGGGUCGCAUGCACAACCGCUUGUUGGUGAUCUUGACAGAGUAGCUACAGAUCAAGGCGACAAAUAUUCGGCUAAUACCUCACAAAGCUGGAGCCUAUUCCCACACAGCCAUUCCGACGUUCUCGAUCCAUCGUCUCGCGAUGCAAAACAACAUUUCAAAGUAUUCUUCAGUCACUAUACCGAAUUUCUCCCUCUUCUAUACCUUGAGAAUGGGUCGACCUCAGAAAAGCUGUACCGAGAGUCACCAUUCCUCUGGCUAUGUAUAAUGGCUGUGACAUCUACAGAUGCAAAAGAACAGAUCAGUCUAGCAAAGACGGUUCGAGAGGUUGCCGCUCGUGAGGUAAUCGUAGAAGGCAAAUGUACCAUGGAUCUGUUGCACGGUCUCCUGUGUUUCAUCGGCUGGGGACACUUUCGCUUCUCUAUGGGAUCACUUCUUACUAUUUUGUCUCAGCUGUGCACUGCUUUGACGGUCGAUCUGCAACUUCGAAGCCGGCAUUGCGGAGAGGGUAAUCUAAUUCAUAUGUUUCCUCGACCGCUUGCAUCUCAGAUUCAGGGAGCUACAGACAGGUUCCAGCCGAGGAGCAUCGCAAUUGCACGGACGGCAUUGGCUUGCUACUUUCUCACAUCAUGCGUUGCAACGUUUCAAACAGUUGGGGAGAGCUUGGCAUGGUCACCAUACCUCGAAGAGUGUCUGAAAAUGUUACAAGGCUCAAAAUGUGUUCGGGGCGACGAGCUGCUGGUGCACAUGAUCAAGCUUCAGCGCAUAACGAGCAAGGUCACUGAUGUCCGUAUGCAACUAAGAGAUAACGACAGCGAACAAAGUACGCGUCUUAUUUAUCCAUACAUAUUUGCCCUCAACGCUCAACUAGACGAGACGAAAGGGCAAUUGCCCCCUCACCUGGCCACGAAUAAGAUGCUGGAAGCGAUGUCCCUGCACACAGAAAUCUGCAUCAAUGACCUUAUCUUUACGCGCCUUGGGCAUUCCCCUCUUCUAACUGAUACCAGCAGCAUGGAGGCCCUUCUUAAUUGCCUCAAUGCGGCGAAACGCGCAGUGGAUAUCAUGUUCAACUUCGAGCCAACCGAGUAUACAUACUUCCCCUUCUUUCUGUGGAGGCAAUUCCGAACCGUAAUUUUGACCCUCAUUCGACUCGCAUCCUUCGAAGAUCCGGCGUGGGACGUGAAUAUGGUUCGACGAACUGUAGACAUUGCGUCUAUUCUUGACAAGACUGCUGAGAACCUAAGCAAUGUACCAACCAACGUGGAUGAUGGUAUCACUGACCACGAAAAUGUGGUUUCGAAAUCAUUAGCCUGGGUGAACAAGAUGAGGUCUUGCUUACUCGCAAUUUAUGGCCAGUCAACAGAUGCCCAGGCCCCAACCUCUGAACUUCAGAGCUCAAUGGGCAUACCAGGCAUGGAAACGUUGCUACAUAGGCAGCCAUCCCAGGAAGAGGCUUCAACCAUAGACAUAUUCUCAUCACUCGAUCAUGAACUCUUUGGCGACGAUGUUUUUGGGUGGUGGCCGCCCUUAUAUUCGGGGAAUGGGCUAUAA